CAGACUUUCAGAACCAAGCUGAGAACCAGAAAGAGACCGAGGUUGAUCAUCAAGCAGGAAAGAGCCGUUCAGAGUUUGCCAACGGGAAUGGAAUGCGAUUCGCGAUAACUCGACAUCGGCAACAUCUUGAUUUCGCAAACCAUCUCUAUCCCCCGUGAAACUCAACUGCGUCCCAACAUGUUGUCAAGAACAGUUUUCUCGAGGGCAGUCCGGCAAACAGCCUUCUCUGCAAUCCGCCCCGCCGCCACUCCAGUUGCCCCCUCGCCCUUCCUGCUCUCACUCGCUGCCCAGCGCCGCCUCAUCUCCGAUGCCGUCCGCCAGGCCAUUGACAAGGCCGUCGCAUCAGCGCCAGUAGUCCUCUUCAUGAAGGGCACGCCUGAGACGCCCCAGUGCGGCUUCUCUCGCGCCAGCAUCCAGGUGCUGGGGUUGCAGGGCGUAAACCCGGAGAAGUUUGCCGCAUAUAAUGUGCUGGAGGACCAAGAGUUGAGGCAUGGAAUCAAGGAAUACUCAGACUGGCCGACCAUUCCGCAGCUGUACGUCGACAAGGAAUUCGUCGGCGGCUGCGACAUCAUCAUCUCCAUGCACCAAAACGGGGAGUUGGCGAAGCUGCUGGAGGAGAAGGGCGUGUUGGUGAAAGAAGGGGAGCAGGCUGAGGGCGAGACGAAGGAGUAAAGAGACACGACUGCUGCGCAGCUGUAUACUACUACGACGAUACCACGGCGUCUUAGAACUGUAACAUGUUCUUUUCUUGCUCCAUCUUCCCG